UGCUGUGCAUUGAAAUGACUUUUAUUCCUUUGAGCAAAGUGUAAACCCAAUAAAUGAGUUCUCCUGAAGAAUUACUAAAUGAUCAGGAUCCUGAUUAUGUUUCGGCAACCUCCAGUGAUCAAGUUCAGCAGAAAAUUUAUGAAGAAAAUGCAAGGAACACUACUGCAAAAAAAAUAACUGCAAUCAUAGAAAAGGAGUUUUCACUGGAAAUUGAUUUGAAGGAGAGGGAAAUUUUGCAAAUACAGGAGAGAUUACAUAAAGCUCUGAAGAUCUUUCAUCUAUUACGUUAUGUCAUAAUUACUAAUUUUUACAAUCGUAAGCAAUGUCAAAUUUCCCAAGCUGCGGAAACAACGAAACAGACGAGAAUUCAUCCUGCGAUUAAAACUUUACUUGGAAAGAGUCCUAAAUUUACUGAUUAUACAGAUCUCGCAGUGCCAUCAACGUCUACUGAUCCUCGAUUUUUAUAUGAUGACAAGUCUUUCACAUUGAACUCAAGUACCGUGUUUAAUAACAUACUUAAAAACGAAGAAUAUGCCAACAAGAAUGAUGGAGCGUCACAAGGUGAAAAGCGAAAAAUGCCGGAAGAAGAGAUUCAACCUCGCAAGAUACCUCGUUACGUUCCACCAAAGAGCAACUUGCCUGAGAAGAUAUGUCCGUCUCGUGGAAAUAGCCAUAAGGUCUGCAAACGCAUUGUCGUCGGCAAUAUUUCUAAGUGGAUCUCACCGGAUUGGCGAGAGGAUGCGUCUAGCCACAAGUGGACGAUGUAUGUGCGUGGUGACAAAGACGAAAAAGCCGACAUCAGCACUUUCGUCAGUAAGGUGAGGUUUUUCCUGCAUCCCAGCUACCAUCCGAAUGACAUCGUCGAGGUCACAUCGUACCCGUUUCAUUUGUCCAGACGGGGAUGGGGCGAGUUCCCUCUGAGAGUACAAUUGCACUUUAAAAACGUCUUGAAUAAGCCCAUAGAUAUAAUUCAUCAUCUGAAAUUGGAUCGUACUUAUACAGGACUGCAAACCUUGGGCUCUGAGACUUUGAUCGACGUGUGGAUUCAUACGGAUGAAUCUCGUAAUUCUGAGAAUAAUGACCAUAAAUCUGUCAAGUCUUCAGUUAAUGACACUUUUGCAAAAGUAGAAUUAAUUGAUAGUUGUGAAUCUACUGAUAUGCAAUCAGAGAAAUUUACAGACACGUCACGGCUUAACAUUUUCGGAGAAAUUCAAGUAAAAAAAGAAGAGCCUAAUUCGGAAGUACAAAAACGAUAUAAUUCAUUGUUGGAUUUAAAGUCGAUAAAAAAUUCAGAAAAAAUAAAAACGGAGUCUAACGACGAACUAACUACUUACAUAUCUAAUGAUAAAUAUAGAGAAGCAAUGUGUCAUAUCAAACACGAUCAUAAUUAUUUUUACAGACAGUAUUUCAAUUCUUGUCAUUUUACAGUAAAAGAAGGAAACAUGACUGUGGAACAUUUUCCGGAAAAUGACAACACAACAUCUGCGAGUAAUUCAUCAACAGUCGAAGAUAACCAAAGGAAAUCUGAUACAGCGGUUUCCACGCAUAGAAUUAACGGUGAUAUUCAGUCUUCCAGUAACUACCAGCCUUUAGCAUCUUCAAAUACAAUUAUGAAUGAUUUACAAGUGACAUCAGUAAAUGCAGCAUUCCAAGAGAACAAUAAACGAAAGGAUCUAUUAUUCGAUACGGAUAAAUCCUUUCAAACAAAAAAUUCGAAGAAUGAUACUUUUAGAAUUUUAGAAACUUCUUCGGCCAAUGAUACAGUGACGGCGAUUAAUGGUUUCCGCAAAUCACACGAUAUCUCGAUCGAUUGCUCCUACGAUUUACAGAAAACUGCAAAUUCUUCGGAAACCGAUUUACAAUUGAAACCUCUGCAAAUCUCCAUACCACCGAACAUAUUCCCGUCAUCAACCAGUAAGCAUAUACUUCUGUUGAAGGAUAAAAAGUCGAUACCGGUGGAUCUCACGAAUAUUCUUCCAUCAAAAUCUAGCGAAAACUUGAGGAUGCUCGUUGAUGGCGUCGUGAAAGUUUCUGUCCCAAGCGUCGUAAAACUAAAUGUUCCCAUUUCUCAGGGCGUUAGUAUCCUGAAGAAGACGUUUAAUAUUAACGCAAACACACAGCAGGAAGAUACUGUGAACAACAAAAAAAAGACUGGGGUACUCAAACUGAAAGAUACUAAUAGUCUGUUGCUAAACGUUAACGAGAACGUGCCGAUUCUGAAAAUAGUGGACUCGCACGAUUCACGAUAUAACUACAACGCUACCGAGGCAAAGAGGGUCAUUCCGUCGGUUGACAAGCAAGAGUUUGCGAAAUCCGAGAAGACCAUGGUGCAGCGGACGAAGAUCACGCUGGGCAAGGACAAAUUCAAAAUUCAGAGCAAGAAGGAUGUUUAUGAAGCGGUUCUCCAAUCAAUUAAUACCACAAAUAUCACCGAUAUGGAAGCGUUAAUACGAUUUAUUAUACGUCGAUUGCCAAUUAUUACGCAAGACGUUCGCGAUCCCGAUUAUAAACGGCUGCAUGCUUAUGCGUGUUACAGCGAGGAGAAAUAUUUGUCGUACAACGUCGGUAAACAACGAGCCAUAGAGUGGUACCGCGCAAAAAUGAUUAGAAGCUUUCUGCAAAUGAAGCCGAUUUUAAGUGAUCAAUUGUGGAGCACCAAGGAGAUUAUGCUAUGGGCGAGACUGCACGGCUACACGCCGAAUUGGAGUGUCUUCGGCGUUCAGGAAACAGUAGGAACAAGCGAUACGAAAAAACUAUCCGAUAUCACCACAUCUACUACGGUUUUGUCCACAUGUACAGAACCGAUUGCGUUGCAAAAAUGGCUGCAGACCUGUCAGCAAGAGCCUAAUUGUCAGUCAGAUAAUUAUAUCAAUGACGAAGAGAUUGACGUUGAAUCGUAUGAGAGUAUUAAGGAAUGUCCGCGUAGAAUCACAAUUGAUCGAAGAAAAACCGGCAGGAAUAUCAGUUAUUCAACUGAUUCUACAUUAAUACCGAUUGAACUUGAUAAAAAUUUGCUACCGUUUCAUAAUUUCGUGUGUAAUACCGCACAAGAAAUUGGCAUCAAAAUCGGACCGGAGGAGAUUAUUCCUGGUGUUGUAUAUUGUGCAGCUAGUCGUGUAAUAAUGCGGGUUGUCGAAUGUUUCGUGGAGGAUCUCACUCGAUCAUCACUGGCAAGAGCUUGGGAAAGAAACAAUAAAAAUGAAUGUCCCAAACUUAUUACGCUAGACGAUGUCCGUAAUGCUCUUGCGAAUCGAGAAGAAUUCGACAUUUUUACGAAUGAAGGUUUGGGUUCGAGACAAGAAUUAAAUGCAACAAAACUGUAACAACACGUGAGCUGUCGC